CUUUUGGAUGUUUUGGCUUGGCUCCCCCCGAAAAAGGUUUUUCCAGCUACGCCAUUUGCUGCUGCACAGCCCAGCAGUCGUGCUUCUCCCAGAGGCGAAACUCUUGUGUGUGUCUAUUCCUUCUUCAUCCUUACCUUCUUCUUCUUCUUUUCCUUCAUUCCUUUACCUUUCGUCUUCAUCUUUGAACCAAGAUGGCGGAGCGUAUAUCUACCUGGCCAAGGCCAUCCACAGAGUCUCUCUCUGCAACCAACCAGGUAAAGAGAGAGAGAGGGGAGAGAGUCGAGGGCCCAGGAGCUUUGACUAUGCCAGUCAGUCGAAAUCCAGCCGCGUCCAUGUCCAGCAGCUGCCGUCAUUCGUUCUGACAUUCUAAAGAAGAAGAAGAAAAUAUUCUAUUCAACACGGACGUGUCUGUGUACAUUUCAUCCCUGGGCUGCUGCUGUUGAUUUUUUUAAAAGUUUCGGUUGUGUGUGUUGGUGUUGGUGGUGGUCGUUUGUUUUCCUCCCGUCACCAGUGUGCCCAGUGCGUGCGUGAUAGCACUUGAGGGGGCCACUUGGCACGUUGAAAAUUUGGUAUUCGGUUAACCGAAUGACUCUAGCAGCCGACCACUCGGUUUAGGACGUGCUGUCCGUCGACAAAAUUUCGUCGUUAUUAUUUUCUUCCAGCUGUUGGCCAGCAGCAGCAACAGCAGCAGCAGCUUCGUUAUGUCGCUGCAUUCUCCCCCCUGCGUCUGCGUGAUUGUCAACUAACACUUUUGAUUGGCUUCCAAGUUUUGUUCGGUGGUUUUGUUUUUAUUUUCUUUCUGGAAGGAAAUUCUUCCAUCCUGAGUGUCUUCUGUGCCUGUGCUGUGUGCCUGUGUGUGUAGUGCUGCUGCCAUUUUAGCUGGAGCUGACAUCAUCUUACCUUAUUCUUCACAGCCCCCGACCUACCUGUUGUCAUGUCGCUGCGUGAUUCUUCCGAGGUGGAGGUGGAUGCGGACUCUGAGCUGUCGGCGGCCAGCAAGGCUAGCUUCCUGGACAAGGUGCGCCAAUCGAAUCAGGCCUGCCAGAGCGGCGACUUUGAGACGGCCGUCGGACUCUACGGCGAGGCCAUCGCUCUCGAUCCUUGCAAUCACAUCCUCUUCUCCAACCGGUCGGCGGCUCUCGUCAAACUCGGACACUUUGCCCGCGCCCUCCAGGACGCCUCGCGAGCCGUCGAACUCAACGCCAAAUGGCCCAAAGGUUAUUACCGUCAAGGAGUGGCCCUUCAAUGUCUGGGCCGGCAUUCCGAUGCUUUGGCGGCCUUCAGCUCGGGACUGGCCCAGGAUCCGAAAUCCCUGCAGCUCUUGGCCGGCCUGGUGGAGGCGGCCAUGAAAUCGCCGCUGCGGUCCACCUUGGAACCCACCUACAGGCAACUGCAGGCCAUGCGGCUGGACAAGUCGCCGUUUGUCGUCAUCUCGGUGAUUGGCCAGGAAUUGCUGGCCGCCGGACACUACAAGGCCGCCGUCGUCGUCCUGGAAGCCGCACUCCGCAUCGGCACGUGUUCCCUCAAAUUGCGCGGGUCCGUCUUCUCCGCACUGUCGUCCGCCUACUGGGCACUUUCCAUGCUGGACCAGGCCAUCAGCUACAUGCAACAAGAUUUGUCUGUGGCAAAGUCACUGGGCGACACGGUGGGCGAGUGCCGGGCCCACGGCAACCUGGGAUCGGCCUAUUUCAGCAAAGGCAACUUCAAGGAGGCGCUGACGUCGCACCGCUACCAGCUCGUCCUGGCCAUGAAGUGCAAAGAUAACCAAGCGGCCGCUCUGGCCUUGACUAGUCUAGGUCACGUUUACACGGCCAUCGGCGACUACCCGAACGCCCUGGCCAGUCACAAGCAGUGCCUGCAGCUGGUCAAGCAGCUGGGCGAGCGAUUGCCCGAAGCCCGCGAGGUGGGCAACGUCGGGGCCGUCUACCUGGCCAUGGGCGACUUUGACGCGGCCGUCGAGUGUCACAUGGAACACUUGAGGAUAGCCAAGCAGCUGGGCAACCGGGUCGAGGAAGCUCGAGCCUAUUCCAACCUGGGCUCCUCCCACCACUUUCGGCGCAAUUUCGAGCGGGCCAUCACCUUCCACAAUCACGUCCUCCACAUCGCCCAGGAGCUCAACGACCGCAACAUCGAGGCCAGGGCCUACGCCGGACUGGGCCACGCGGCCCGCUGCAUGUCCGACUACGGUCAAGCCAAGCGAUGGCACGAGCGACAGCUGGACAUGGCCCUGGCCACUCGCGACAAGGUGGCGGAAGGACGGGCCUGCUCCAACCUGGGCAUCGUCUACCAGCUCCUGGGCGAUCACGACGCGGCCCUCAAACUGCACCAGGCCCAUUUGAACAUUGCCCGGGUGCUGCAGGAUCGGGCCGGAAUGGGGCGGGCCUACGGCAACAUUGGCAACGCCUACAGCGCCAUGGGCUACUACGAGCAGGCCAUCAAGUACCACAAACAGGAGCUGACCAUCUCCAAGGAGGUGAACGACAGGAGCUCCGAGGCCUCGACGCACGGCAACCUGGCCGUGGCCUACCAGGCCCUCCACAUGCACGACAUGGCCAUCCUGCACUACCACAGCCAUUUGAACAUUGCCCGCGAGCUCAAAGACACGGCCGGCGAGGCCUGCGCCCUCCUCAACCUGGGCAACUGCCACAGCUCGCGGGCGGAAUUCGGCGCCGCCGUCACUUUUUACGAGCAGUACCUGAUGCUCUCGCAGGAGCUCCAGGACGUGGAGGGAGAGGCCAAAGCCUGUCACUUUCUCGGCUACGCCCACUACUGCCUGGGCAACUUUAAGGAGGCCAUCCGCUACUACGACCAGGAUCUGGCCCUGGCCAAGGACUUGCAGGACAAGAUGAACAUGGGACGGGCCUACUGCAACCUGGGUCUCUCCCACCUGGCCCUGGGCAACAUGGAAACGGCCCUCGAGUGCCAGCGCUACUUCCUCACCAUCACGCACAUCACCAAGCACGCCGUGGGCAAGUUCCGCGCCCUGGGCAACAUUGGCGACCUGAUGCUGAAGAUGAACCAGGCCGAGGAGGCCGUCAACAUCUACCAGAAGCAGCUGCAGCUGGCCAAGCAGAUGCGCGAGAAGGGCAUGGAAGCGUCGUCGUACGCGGCCCUGGCCGUCGCCCACCGGCACAUGGGCUACCAGGACAAGGCGCUCGGAUGCUACACGCAGGAGCUGACGCUCAGGCAGGAAACGGGCGACGUCCGCGGCGAGUGCCGGGCUCACGGCCACUUGGCCAGCGUCCACAUGGCCCUGGGCAACUACACGCACGCCAUCAAGUGCUACGAGGAGCAACUGGAUCGGGCCAAGGAGCUCAGGGACUCUACGAUGGAAGCCCAGGCUCACGGUAACCUGGGAAUCGCCCGGCUCAACAUGGGUCAUUACGAGGAAGCCAUCGGCUAUUUCGAACAGCAAUUGGCCACAUUGGCGCAGCUGUCGACUGCCACCGCCAUGCUGGACAAGGGCAGGGCGUUCGGCAACCUGGGCGACUGUUACGACGCCCUGGGCGAUUACGACGAGGCCAUCAAGUGCCACGAACAGUGUCUGGCCAUCGCUCUCAAGACCAAGAGCCUUCGUGACCAAGAGCACGCCUACCGGGGCCUGGGCCAGUCACACCGCUGCCUGGGCAAUCUCCAGCAGGCUCUGGUCUGCUUCGAGAAGCGCCUGGUGGUGGCCCACGAGCUGGGCAACACGGCGGCCAAAGCCCAGGCCUACGGAGAGCUCGGCCAGCUGCACAGCGUCCUGGGAAACUUUGAGCAGGCCGUCUCUUGCCUGGAACACCAGAUUUCUAUCGCCCGCAAACUGAGCGACCGGCAAGUGGAGGCCGAAGCGGCCAGCGGCCUGGGCUGCGUCUACCAGCAGAUGGGCGAGCACACCAAAGCGCUGCAGUACCACCAACUCGAUCUUCGGCUGGCCGAAGAGACGGGCUCGUCGGGCGGACAGUGCCGGGCCUACGGCAACCUGGGAGCCACCCAGGAAUCGCUGGGCCGGCUGGACGAAGCCGUCCACUGUCAGGAGCAGCACUUGAGCAUGGCGGCUCAGAUCAACGACAAGGUGGCCAAAACCAAAGCCUUUGCCAGUUUGGGCCGGCUUCACCACGGGUUGGGGAAUCCCAGCCAGGCCGUUGCGUACCUCCAGCAGGGCCUGCAGAUCUCGGAGGCCCUGAGUCUGCGCGAGGAAGAAGCCCGGAUCCGUCACCGGUUGGGACUGGCCCUUUGGGGCUCGGGUGAUCUGGACGGCACCCAGGUGCACAUGGAACGAGCAGCCGGACUCCUAGAGGCCGUCAGGCGGGAAGCCCGGGGUAGUGCCGACUACCGGCUCUCACUCUUCGACCUGCAGACGGCCUGCUAUCAAAUCCUGCAGCGAGUCCUGGUCGAUCUGGGCCGCUCUAGCGAGGCCUUGCUUGUCGCCGAGCGCGGACGGACCCGGGCCUUUGUCGACCUGCUCCUGGAGCGCCAGGGGGCGGCCACCAGCGACGCUGAAACACGUGGCAGUCACGGCCGCGUGGCCCUUUUCGACGACUCUCUGCCCACCAGCGUCGAGCAAAUUAUGGAAAUCGUCAACAAGCAGAAAGCGUCCGUCCUCUACUACAGUCUGGCGGCCGGCUACCUCUACUGCUGGCUCAUCGUUCCCACCAAAGGUGUGGUGGCCUUCCAUCAAGCGGCCAUCAAUCCGGACGGAGGAGUCAACGGCAACGGAAGAAGCGGAGAGUCGAGUUCCGAUUCCGGCAGCGCCCGAGUGGCGUCGCCGGACGAUGAGAACCAAGUGCAGAAAGGCGAGGGCAAUUUGCUGGACCAGUACAUCCAGGGCAUUCGCGAGGCCCUGGGAGUCGAGUGGCAAUCGACGGGCAACGGCGGCGGCGGUGGGCGGGAGGACAACAACGGCGACUUGGAGGAUCUCUGGUCGCAGCAUUUGGGCGAGCUGGGCGACAAAUUGAAUCAGGAAGGAGAUCGUUCCGGCUUUUUGCGGAUGGUCAACCGCUCGCACGCCUUCAACAGCAGCAACUACAGUUUGUCCAGCUUGUUCAGCCUGGGCAGCGUGUCCAUCAACAGCGGGCAGAGUCAGCUGUCGUCCGUCUCCAGGCCGGGCAGUUUGCGCCACUCGCGGCGAAGCCUUUGGCAAGGGCCGGCCUGUCUCCGCUCCCUCUACGAUCUGCUCCUGGCGCCCGUCGAGGAUCGGCUGACCCAGUACGGGCAGUCGCCGCUCUCGGCCAGCUCUACCUCGCGGGAAUUGGUCCUGGUGCUGGACGGCGACCUCUACCUGGUCCCGUUCGCCCUCCUCAAACCGCAGAGCAGCAACGACUACCUGUGCGAGCGGUUCAGUCUCAUCGUCAGUCCGUCUCUGACGUCGCUGCGAACCGGGCAGAAGAGCGCCAGUCGCAGCAACAAGCUCCUGCAGAUGCACCAGGCCCGUUCGCUGACGAGUCCGCUGACGGCCGUUUCGCUCUCGACCUACUCGUCGGCCAUGGGCGGCGGCGUCGAGUCGCUGGAACAGCAGCCGGCCACUUCGGCCCUGGUUAUCGGCAACCCCAAGAUGAGCCAGUCGGUGGUGGAGCAGUGGGGCUGGACGGACAUUCCCUACGCCGAGCAGGAGGCUCUCGUCGUGGCCGAAAUGUUGCAGACGCCUUCGCUGCUGGCCGGAGCGGCGGCCACCAAGGACGCCGUCCUCCGUCACUUGUCGCAAGUCGAGUGCAUCCACUUUGCCACUCACGUCUCGUGGAAAAUGUCGGCCAUCGUUUUGGCGCCGUCGAUGGUGGACGGACUGGCCGCCAGCGACGGCGACGGGGCCAGCACGACGGGCAGCACUCGCCCGUCUCUCCACCAGCAAGACAACGACGACAUCAAAUCGGUGGCGUCGGGAGUGGCUCCGUCUUCGUCGGCCGCGACGGCCGACUUGCCGGCCUUGUCGGAAUUCCUCCUGACGGCCGCCGACAUCCUCAACCUGCGUCUCUGCGCCCGUCUGGUGGUGGUCAGUUCUGUCCACACUCGAGACCAUCACGGCGUGGCCCAUUCGGACGGAGUCGUCGGCUUGACUCGGGCCUUGCUGGCCGCCGGUGCCCAAUCAGUUCUGGUUUCUCUAUGGCCCGUCCCGGACACGGCCGUCAAGAUUUUCAUGAGAACUUUUUACUCUUCCCUCUUGCAGGGAGCGAGGGCUAGCCGGGCGUUGUCGGAAGCCCAGCAGACUGUCCAGCACACGAAACACUUUGCCCACCCGGCCAAUUGGGCCGGCUUCGUCUUGGUGGGAGCUGACGUGAGGCUGUCGAACAAAGUGGCUCUGAUGGGCCAAGCGCUGACGGAACUGCUCAAGACGCCGGACAAGUGCCGGGACGCUUUGCGGGUAACUCUGCACUUGGUUGAAAAGUCGCUGCAGCGGAUCCACCGCGGCUAUCGCAACGCCAUGUACACGACCCAGCGCAGCAUUGAGAACAAGGUCGGCCCAGUCGGCGGCUGGAAGGAGCUGCUCAUCUCGGUCGGGUUCCGAUUCGAGCCGGCCGCCAACAACAUUCCGGCCUCCGUCUUUUUCCCGCAGAGCGAUCCCGGCGAGCGACUGACUCAGUGCUCGGCCAGCCUCCAGGCUCUGCUGGGAUUGACCACGCCUUCCCUGCUGGCCAUCUCCAAAUUGCUGGCUAGCUCGGAGGCUUCGACCGACGACAUCACGGCCGUUCUGCGCAACGCCACCGUCCAGCUGGGACUGCGAGACCUCGAGAGCGAAAGCGUCGACAUUCCCGUUCCGGUCAAAUUGUGGCGCCUGCCGGGCUGUCACGAAUUGUUGGCCUCGCUCGGCUUCGAUCUGAUGGAGGUCGGACGCAACGAGGUGACGCUCAGGACGGGCAAGCUGGCCAACAAACGCAACAUCCAGUUCGCCCUUCAGGCCCUGCUGGCCCUCUUUGAAACUUUAGAUUCGCCCACCAGUUUAUCGCUGGAAUCGUCGAGUUCCGUCGAGAGUCUGACAUCCGACGAGGAAGAAGAGGAGCAAGAACAGGACGGAGUGGCCGGCAAUCAGCGCAACGUCGUCUCGAAUCGAUCGGGUCGAUCGGCUCCGUCGAUCGUUGGCGGCGGCGGCGGAGGAGGAUCUGGCAACGCCAGCGGAGCCGGCCGAGUCGCAACGGGCAGCCAUCAAACCUAUUCCAGUUUGGUGUCUCGCCGGAUGCCGCUGUCGGCCAGCGUCAAAUCGGCUUUCAGCAGCUACGUCCGCAGCGGCUGCCGGGGCGAACCUGACGGGCGGACGGCCGUCGGAGGCGAUUCCCGCGGCCGGGAAAGUGACGCCGCUUUUACUCCCAGUCCCGUCGAUCCUGUACAUCGCACAAGCAUGGGUCAUAGGGGAGGACAAGGCGGAAUCGCUGGUCUGUUGGCCGGCAUGUCGAGCAGCGCUGGCAGUGAUCGAGGAGUUCCGGUGCCCAGUCUGCGCAUGUCGCUGACGUUGGCCCACCAGUCGAAAAUCCGUUCCAUGUACUGCUCGCGCCAGAGUUUGGCGUCGCAGGAGAACAGUUCGCCGGCCAGCGAGAUGGGCACUCCAUCCAUGAUGAUGCCGAGCAACAACCCGUCGCGCCCCGAUUCCUCGUCCAGCACCACCAGCUCGGCCGACUGGGAGAGCGGCCUGUCGACCGUUCGCCGCCAGCCGCCCAUUUCCACCUCGCUGGGCAAAGCUCCGUCGUCCAACAAUCCGCGCAAAGUCGAAGACAUUAGCGCCUUCAACGAGUCUCGGCUGAGACUGGACGCCAAAAGUUUCGGCCUCCACAGCAACAACAACCACAACAACAACAACAACACGAUGGCCGACGCCCGAUCGCGAUCCCGUUUCAAGCCGCCCGGCGGAUUUGCUGCCGGACUCAAACGACAAAUGGCCCUUCACCAAUCGGUGGCCGACGACGGCGAGAAUUCCGGCGGCAAGACGGGAUCGGCCCGGUCUGGCUCGCUGGACACGCUCGACCGUUUGAGCGUCCGCAGCGAAGUGGCCAAAGCUCCGUCGGCAUUCCCGGUGAGCGGGCCGGCCAUGCAGCAGCGCCGCCGGCAUCGGUCGGUGGAGCGACAGCUGGACGACGACACGGACUCGGUCGCAUGCGACGCUGGCGACGCCGCCCCCGAACGUGAUGUUGUGGCCCAGCAGGUGAACGAGCGUUUUUCGGCCGCCGUCUUCCAUCACUCGAAGCCGGGCAAAUUGGUGAUGGCCAAAGCGGCCGCUGCGGCCACGACGAGGACCCUGCACAAGAGCGGCGCCACUCGCCCGUCUGUGAUGAUGAGCCAGCGACCGGUCGAUCACAAUUGCCCGUCGGAUCACGAAAUGGACGCCUCGAGCGUCAUUUACUCGCUGCGGCCCGGCGAGUCUGAACUGUCCAGUGGCGUCCAGCUGUCGCACAACGCCGGGUCGCGCAGCAUCCAGGACCACAUCAUCGCGACGCAAAUGAAUCGACUCAACCGCGAAAUGCCCAUCUCGGACGUCUACCACGAGCGCAACAUGGGACUGGGUCUGGCCCCGCCCCUCUCGGAGCUGCUGGUCAACACCGGCGGCGGCGGCCCCAACGGCCCCAACUCGGCGGUGGCCGCCGCCGCCACGGGGUCCGGCCUCAGCGUCGCCUCAUCCGAGGACGUUUUCAAUUCCUUCGAUCAAAUUUCGCUGGCCGACACGGUGACGGAACUGAGCAGCGACAAAGCCUCUGAUCCGGCCGCCGCCGCUUCCAAUCUGAAGAAUCUGGGCUACGCCAAACGACCGCCUCCCCGGCCGGCCAAAUUGCCUCAGCCGUUUGGCUCGUCGUGGGGCCCGUCGAGCGGGGCUUUCCACGCGACGGGACCGCGGCAGCAGCAGCACCAGCGCAUCAGCGUGUUCGACACGUCGUCGCCCGAAGCGGAAAUCUCGACCUCAUCGUCGGCCAGCACCAUGACUUUGCGUCACGGCAUUUUGGACAUGACGAGACGCGACGAAGCCGACGGCCGCUCCAUGACCGACUCCAACUACAGCGGCUACUCGCCGCACCGCAACCUCAAGCUGUCGACGGCCAUGCCCAUGCACCAGCAGCUGCAGCACUCGUCGGGCGGCGGCCGGCUGGCGGCCGAUUCGUCGUCGUCGGCCAUCAACAAGGAGAAUAAAAGUCACACGAUUCACGCGGUGGCCAUCAUCGAGUCGUCGUGCGACGCCAGAGCCAACGACGUGGCUUGAGAAAAUUCAACAACAACAGUUGAUUGGUUGAUUGAUAGACACGACUCACUCGACCAAAUGAAAAAGAAUUUAGAAUCAAAGCUGGUGCCUUAUUUUGCCAAAUCAAUUCCAAUUGUCAUUUGUAAUUUUGUUUUUUUUUCCGCCCCGAAUCGUCUUUUUAAAAUGUUGUAGAAGAUUUGAAGGUGUACAUAGAGUUCCGUUGUUAACUCAUUCAAUUGCUGCCGACAAGUGUGAUGGGCGAGGGUAUGUGGUAAUUAUCAUCGAACAUGUUCGAGAAUUCUGGGGAAAAUAACAGAUAAUUUAUUCUCUUUUGGGUGGGACCCUCGUGUGAAAUAUGAUGCACCUUCGUCUGCUUGCGAGUUGUUUGUUGGCCAUUGUAUUUGAUUUUGCUAAACUGUUUGCUGUGUGCGAUUUCUAAUGAGCGCUCUCGAUAUUAUCCUGUUCCCCGUUUUAUAUGUGAAUUGUCUUUUGAGUUACUACAUCAAAGUAUUUGUAUGUUUUAUUGAAUUUGGAAUGUAGAACAAAUGCCUUGCUAUAAUAGAAGACUUGUUUUUAUUUAA